AUGACUAAUACUAAUCCUAUAGUAUAUUUUGAUAUUACUGCGAAUGGUGAACCAAAAGGUAGAGUUGUAUUUGAAUUAUUUGGUGAUGUUGUACCAAAAACUGUAGAAAAUUUUAGAGCUUUAUGUACUGGAGAGAAAGGUGAAUCACCUAAAUCAGGUAAACCACUUCAUUAUAAAGGAUCAAUUUUUCAUCGUGUAAUUAAAGGAUUUAUGUGUCAAGGAGGAGAUUUUACUCAUGGUACAGGAAUUGGAGGAGAAUCUAUUUAUGGUGAAAAAUUUGAAGAUGAAAAUUUUAAAUUACUUCAUGAUAAACCAUUUUUAUUAUCUAUGGCCAAUGCUGGAGCUAAUACUAAUGGUUCACAAUUUUUUAUAACUACUGUUCCAACUCCUCAUUUAAAUGGUAAACAUGUUGUAUUUGGUAAAGUUAUUCAAGGUAAAUCAAUUGUUAGAAAAUUAGAAAGAUCUGAUAAAGGUGAUAAUGAUAAACCAAUUGAAGAUUGGAUUAUAAGUGAUUGUGGUGAAUUACCUCAUGAUUAUGUUCCUGAAGAAGCUGUUGUUGAUGAUGGAUUUGGUGAUAUUUAUGAAGAAGUUCUUGAUGAUAAUGAGAGUUUUGAUACAGAUAAUGCUCAAGAAGUUAUUAAGGCUGUUACAACCAUAAAGGAUAUAGGUACUAAACUUUUAAAACAAGGUAAUUUACCAAAAUCUUUAGAAAAAUAUACUAAAGCUUCUAAUUUCUUAGAAGAUUUUUAUCCUGAUGAUUUACCAGCUGAAGAGAUUAAAAUUAUUCAAAAUUUAAAAGUUAGUUGUUUCCUUAAUAUUGCCUUAGUUGCCUUAAAAUUAAAUGAAGGUAAAAAAGUAGUUGAAGCAUCUACUAAUGCAUUAGAAAUUCCUGAAAUUGAAUCAAAAUCUAAGGCUAAAGCAUUAUAUAGAAAGGGUAUGGGAUAUCUUUUACUUAAGGAUGAAGGUUCAGCACAAGAAGCACUUGAAGCUGCCUUAGCUAUUGAACCAUCUGAUGGUGCUAUAGUUAAGGGACUUCAAGAUGUUAAGCAAAGGGUUAAGGCUCGUAAGGAGAAGCAAAAGAAGGUAUUAUCUAAAUUCUUUUCGUAG